CUGUCGUCCUAUCACCUCCCCUUCCUCUUCUGCGCAGCCCGAGCCUCCUUUCGGAGCUGUUGCCAAACAGCCCUGAUCCGUGUUAAAACAUCAGCGUGGACCCCGGCGCUCUGAAGGCCGGCCGUCCCACCCCCUCGGGUCGGGAAUACUUUGCGAAGGAGAAGAUUUUGUGUCUGUCUUCUCCACUGGAAAUGGCCAAUCUACUUCACUCUGCCAGUAUGGUGCAAAAGCAGUUAGACAUAAUAAGUGCUCUGUAACAGAGCCAGACUGGUUUCCUAUCUCCCGGGAUUUUGCUCUUUAGUUAAAAGAGUUGUCAAUCCAAAAGCCUUUUCAACUGCAGGAUCUUCAGGUUCAGAUGAAUCUCAUGUGGCCACUGCCCCUCCAGAUAUAUGCUCUAGAACAGUGUGGCCUGAUGAAACUAUGGGACCAUUUGGACCUCAGGAUCAGAGAUUCCAGCUUCCUGGGAACAUAGGUUUUGAUUGUCACCUCAAUGGGACUGCAUCACAGAAGAAAAACCAGGUUCAUAAAACUUUGCCUGAUGUACUGGCAGAACCUUUAUCAACUGAAAGACAUGAAUUUGUGAUGGCACAGUAUGUGAAUGAAUUUCAGGGUAAUGAUGGACCGGUUGAACAAGAAAUUAACAGUGCAGAAACUUAUUUUGAAAGUGCCAGAGUGGAGUGUGCAAUCCAGACAUGUCCAGAAUUGCUUCAAAGAGAUUUUGAGUCACUAUUUCCAGAAGUAGCUAAUAGCAAACUAAUGAUUCUGACUGUAACGCAGAAAACUAAGAAUGAUAUGACUGUUUGGAGUGAAGAGGUAGAACUUGAAAGAGAAAUGCUCUUAGAAAAGUUCAUUAAUGGUGCUAAGGAAAUCUGCUAUGCUCUUCGAGCUGAAGGCUAUUGGGCUGACUUUAUCGACCCAUCAUCUGGUUUGGCAUUUUUUGGACCAUAUACAAACAGCACUCUUUUUGAAACAGAUGAACGUUACCGAUAUUUAGGAUUUACUGUUGAUGAUCUUGGCUGCUGUAAAGUCAUCCGUCAUAGUCUCUGGGGUACCCAUGUGGUUGUAGGAAGUAUCUUCACUAAUGCAACACCAGAUAGCCAUAUUAUGAAGAAACUAAGUGGAAACUAGCAAUAAUGUCAUUUUAUUUGCUGCUUUAUUUGUUUGUAAUUGAUUAAACAAUAUAAACUGUCAAAGACUACAAUUUUGGAAAUAUA